AUGCUUGAUGGCAAUCCCCAGGUAUUCCUAGGGAAUUCCCACCCGGGACCACUUCCAUCGUCGAGCCUGGAUUCUUCUUCAUUCCAUUCAUCCUCGAAACACCUCCAGCCCUUCUGUGGAGAUGUUGAGGGCUGGGGUCCGAUUAGCAAAUCCAGAUUCGAUCUGACACCAUGUUUUCUGGAUUUUGGAGUCGCUUUGGUUGCAGGAUGGGGUGUGCUCAUGGGAGCGGGUGCCAUAUGGUUUCUGCUGAAGAAGCGCGUGCCUCAGCCAGUAUCGAAGAAUUGGCACUUUUAUGCUAAGCUGACCGUGCUCUGCGCCCUGAUCUUUACAACAGCCCUUCAAGCCGCCAUCCAAGCCGAGUCCGCCCCCCGUCUUUUCCUGGCUGAUUUUCGCUUUUGGAGCUCCAUCCUCGUGCUUGCGUCUCUUGGAGUAAUAUUUACCGUACAAUACUACGAGCACUGGCGCAGUCGACAGCCUAACGGCGUUGUGCUCUUUUAUUGGCUCUUCUUCACAAUCGCUUAUGGUGUCAAGUUGCGGUCGAUGGUUGCGCGAAAGACCUAUCAGGAUCAUCUACCAUACUUCGUUUGCAUCAACGUCAGCCUGGGUCUGGCUCUGUUGGAGUUCGGUCUCGAGUACCUAAUCCCAAAGAAACAAAGUGCAUACGAUGCGUUGGGAGCCGAAGACGAGUGUCCAUACGAGUAUGCGGAUAUCUUCUCGGUCCUCACUUUCAGCUGGAUGACUCCAAUGAUGAAAUUCGGAUACAAGAACUAUCUGACCCAGGAUGAUUUGUGGAAUAUUCGGCGGCGCGACACGACCCGUGACACAGGAAACACACUGGAAGAGAAAUGGGCACAAGAGUUGAAGAAGUCCAAGCCGUCCCUGUGGCUAGCACUGAUAAGGGCCUUUGGCGCACCGUACUUUCGCGGUGCGAUUAUCAAAUGUGGAAGCGAUGUCCUUGCUUUUGCCCAGCCGCAACUCCUGCGGCUGCUGAUUCGUUUCGUCGAUUCGUAUCGGACCGAAGAACCGCAGCCGGUGAUCAGAGGAGUGGCCAUAGCGCUGAUGAUGUUUCUGGUCUCAGUAACACAAACCCUCUGUCUUCAUCAGUACUUCCAGAGAGCGUUUGACACUGGUAUGCGUGUCAAGUCAGCACUGACUGCCAUGAUUUACUCCAAGUCGCUGCGGCUUUCCAGUGAAGGCCGUGCGUCCAAGACGACUGGUGAUAUUGUCAACCAUAUGGCUGUUGAUCAGCAGCGAUUGUCUGAUCUAACACAAUUUGGCAUGCAGCUGUGGUCCGCUCCUUUCCAGAUCACUUUGUGCAUGUUAUCGCUUUAUCAGCUGGUCGGUGUAAGCAUGUUUGCCGGUAUCGGUGUCAUGAUUCUCAUGAUCCCGCUGAACGGUGCCAUCGCCCGAAUGAUGAAAAAGCUUCAAAUCAUACAGAUGAAGAACAAGGAUUCGCGAUCCAGAUUGAUGACAGAAAUUCUGAACAACAUCAAAAGCAUCAAGCUUUAUGCCUGGAACACAGCCUUUAUGAAUAAGCUUAGCCACAUCAGAAAUGAUUUGGAACUGAACACCCUUCGCAAGAUCGGAGCCACUCAAUCCAUUGCCAAUUUCACCUGGCAAUCCACUCCGUUCUUGGUCUCAUGCUCUACCUUUACUGUCUAUGUUCUGACGAGCGACAAGCCGCUGACUAGCGCAGUGAUGUUCCCAGCGUUGACCCUGUUCAAUCUUCUCACCUUCCCACUAUCCAUUUUGCCAAUGGUCAUCACUUCCAUUAUUGAAGCUUCGGUGGCUGUCAAGCGUUUGACCGACUACUUUACGGCCGAGGAACUGCAAACUAAUGCUGUUACAGUCGAGGACUCGGUCACUCAUCCUGGGGAUGAGUCGGUCCGUGUCCGCGAUGCUGCAUUCACUUGGAACAGAUAUCAGGGCGACAGUGUGAUUGAGAACAUUGAUUUCAGCGCCCGAAAGGGCGAGCUCAGCUGUAUCGUGGGUAGAGUCGGUGCCGGCAAGUCUUCGUUCCUUCAGUCGCUGCUCGGUGAUCUGUGGAAGACCGAGGGUGAAGUAAUCGUCCGAGGAAGUAUUGCGUAUGUUGCACAACAGCCCUGGGUGAUGAAUGCCAGUGUCCGAGAGAAUAUCGUUUUCGGACAUCGGUGGGAUCCCCAGUUCUAUGAUCUUACGGUCGGGGCAUGUGCUCUGCUUGACGAUUUCCAGAACUUGCCAGACGGUGAUCAGACAGAAGUUGGAGAGAGGGGAAUUUCCCUCUCUGGAGGUCAAAAGGCUCGGUUGACUCUCGCUCGGGCGGUUUAUGCUCGCGCAGACAUAUAUUUGCUGGAUGACGUGCUAUCCGCAGUUGAUCAACAUGUCGGUCGCCACCUCAUCAACAAGGUUCUUGGACGAGAUGGUCUUCUGAGCGGAAAAACUCGGAUUCUGGCCACUAACGCCAUUCCCGUCUUGAAAGAGGCGGACUUCAUUGCUCUACUGAGAAACAAGACUCUUGUCGAAAAGGGCACCUAUGAACAGCUGAUGGCCAUGAAGGGCGAAGUCUCGAGCCUUGUCCGCACGACCAUGAACGAGUCUGAAGACGAAGGCUUCGGUAGUGAUGGCAACGAUCUAGCUAGUCCCGAGAGCUCAGAAUCCAAUACCGUGAUUGAGAAUCCAGAUUCCGAGGUCUCGGACAUUGAAGCCGAACAAGAAGUCGGCUCCCUCCUUCCGAUCAGAUCCGCUGCCGAAACUCGGCGGAGAACCAGCACCGUCACUCUGCGACGUGCUAGCGCAGCCAGCUGGCAAGGCCCUCGCCGUAAGCUCGGCGACGAAGAAAACAUCCUGAAGAGCAAACAGACACAGGAAACAUCGGAACAGGGUAAAGUCAAGUGGAGCGUCUACGGAGAGUACGCGAAGAACAGUAACAUCGUCGCUGUCUGUUUCUAUCUUCUCGCACUGUUUGGAUCGCAAACGGCGCAAGUCGCUGGUGGUUUCUGGCUCAAAAGAUGGUCCGAUAUAAGCGAAACACAGGCGCACCCGAAUGUUGCCAAAUUCAUUGGUGUUUAUUUGGCAUUCGGACUGGGCUCGUCCCUUUUGGUCAUUCUUCAGAAUCUGAUCCUUUGGAUCUUCUGCUCGAUUGAGGCUUCUCGAAAACUCCACGAACGUAUGGCAUUCUCCAUCUUCCGCUCUCCUAUGAGCUUUUUCGAGACCACGCCAUCCGGACGAAUUCUCAACAGAUUUUCGAGUGAUGUGUACCGUAUCGACGAAGUCCUUGCUCGCACCUUCAACAUGCUGUUCAAUAAUUCGGCGAGGGCAAUCUUCACCAUGAUCGUUAUUGCGAGUUCAACUCCUGCUUUCAUUUUGCUGGCUUUCCCCCUAGGCUACGUAUAUUUCAGGUAUCAGAAAUAUUACUUGCGGACAUCUCGCGAGUUAAAGCGAUUGGACAGUGUCACCAGAAGUCCCAUCUAUGCGCACUUCCAGGAGUCCCUUGGCGGUAUAUCGACCAUCCGGGCAUACAGGCAGCAGGAUCGAUUUACUUUGGAGAACGAAUGGCGUAUGGAUGCCAACCUUCGUGCCUAUUUCCCAUCUAUUAGUGCGAAUAGAUGGCUUGCUGUACGCUUGGAGUUCAUUGGCUCGGUCGUUAUCCUGGCUUCCGCGGCACUGUCCAUCGUCUCUGUGGCUACUGGUAGCCUUCUCUCUUCAGGCAUGGUUGGUUUGGCCAUGUCGUAUGCUCUCCAGAUUACCCAGUCGCUGAACUGGAUCGUCCGGCAGACCGUCGAGGUAGAGACGAACAUUGUGUCUGUUGAACGUGUUCUUGAGUAUGCAAACCUACCUAGCGAGGCCCCAGAUGUGAUCUUCAAGCAUCGUCCGGCGAUUGGGUGGCCUGCACAAGGAGCAGUGACGUUCAAGGACUACAGCACACGGUACCGUCCCGGAUUGGACUUGGUGCUCAAGGACAUCAACCUCGACAUCAAGCCCCACGAGAAGAUUGGCGUGGUUGGCCGCACAGGCGCAGGAAAGAGCUCGCUCACUCUCGCGCUGUUCCGUAUCAUCGAGGCGGUCAAUGGCGGCAUAAGUAUUGAUGGGCUGAAUAUCUCUACCAUUGGUCUGUCUGACUUACGGGGGCGACUUGCCAUCAUCCCCCAGGAUCCCGCGAUGUUCGAGGGUACUCUACGAGACAACUUGGAUCCCCGCCAUGUGCAUGAUGACACAGAACUCUGGAGUGUACUAGAACAUGCGAGACUAAAGGAUCACGUCGCCCAAAUGGACGGUCAGCUGGAUGCUCAAAUCCAAGAAGGAGGAUCUAAUCUUAGCCAAGGCCAGCGCCAGCUGGUAUCUGUUGCGCGAGCAUUGCUGACACCGAGCAACAUCCUGGUCCUCGACGAAGCAACUGCGGCGGUCGACGUGGAAACGGAUGCGCUACUCCAACGCACAUUGCGCAGUAGCAUCUUCCAGGAACGCACUAUCAUUACGAUUGCGCACCGUAUCAACACGAUUAUCGAUUCUGACCGAAUCGUGGUGCUCGACAAGGGCCGGGUGGCAGAAUUUGACACACCUGCGGAACUGAUCAAGCGUGGCGGCAAAUUCUAUGAGCUGGUCAAGGAGGCCCGGUUGCUUGAUAAUGAUGGAGCAGCGCUUGUGCAGUGA